AUGCCACCCCGGAAGAAGGCCCCCGAGCAGCACUCCCAGCCGGGCAAGGCCCGGCAGGGCGGCACUCCCACCGGAGGCCCGCCCUUCGUCGUGCGCCAGGAAAAGAGCUACACCCUGCUGCUCUUUGACACCGAGUCCCAGCUGAAUGCGGCCCUCUGCCGGCCGGCGGCCUUCUACGAGCACUUCCAACUGAUGGGCCAGUACACCUCGCGCGCGGACUGGCCCAAUGCCUGCCGGCCGCCGCCGCGCUAUUGCGGCUUCAAUGCCCCGCUGGCGGACCUGAUCGAGUGGGCCCGCUGCGCCCGGCAGGAUCUGGCCCCGGAGGAGGCCCAAGUCCUGGAUGCCCUGCUCCAUCCGGCGCCCUUCGUGCCGGACAGCGCGCCCGAGCACCUCCACGAGUGGACCCCCCCGCGGCAGCCGCGUCCCGGGAUCCGGUCAUACGUCAUCGCCCUGGUGGCCGGCGACCGGGUGGCCCUGGCGCACGAGCUCCGCCAUGUGGUUUUCUUCCUGGACCCCGAGUACCGGGAGCUGUCCGAGCGUGCGUGGCGCGAACUGACCCCGGAGGAGCGCGCCGCCGUGGAAGUGGACUUCCUCAACCGGCGGUACCACCCCCGGCAUCACAUUGAUGAAUUCCAGGCAUACAUCGCCACCGAGCCCUUCACCUUCCCGGCCAAGGGGCGAAACUUCCCCCCGGCCAAGAUGCGCACUCUGCAGCUGCUCCUGACGCAGCGCGAUGUCUCGGCCCUCUUCUAG